GCAGGAGGGGGUCUCGGUACUGUUUAUAAAGACGAAUGGAAAGUUGUUGUUUUUUUUCUCGCACCGGUGGUUGUAGGACGUAAAGCAGGAAGAGUCGCCGUUUCCAGGGUGACGGGCGGAGCGGGAGCUGAGGGGCGUGUCCUCGGGAGGUGAAAGGUGACGAGAACCCCGGCUGCGAGAAGAUGGCUGAGAGGGAGCAGCAGACAGGUCUGUCAACGGGGACUCGGGUAACCCCCGGCUCCCAUGAUGGGGAAGAGGUUCCCUUGCCUCUUGCAGAACACAACUACAUUGUCCCAAAGAAGGAGAUCAACACUGUUCCUGAUAUGGCCAAGUGGAAGCGCUCUCAGGCCUACGCAGAUUAUAUGGGCUUCGUCCUCACUUUAAAUGAGAGUGUAAAGGGAAAGAAGCUGACCUGUGAAUACCGUGUGUCAGAGGCAAUAGAGAAGCUGAUGGUCUUACUGGACACCUUAGAUCGCUGGAUCGACGAAACGCCCCCCAUAGACCAGCCGUCCCGUUUCGGCAACAAGGCAUUUCGAACCUGGUACGCCAAGCUGGAUCAGGAAGCCGAGAAUCUGGUUUCCACAGUGAUCCCUCCAGCGCUGAGUGCGGCGGUGCCCGAGGUGGCGGUAUAUCUGAAGGAAUCCGUGGGGAACUCGACCCGCAUUGACUACGGCACAGGACAUGAAGCUGCAUUUGCUGCUUUCCUGUUUUGCCUGUGUAAGAUUGAGGUUUUGCACGGGGACGACCAGCUCGCCAUUGUCUUCAAAGUGUUUAAUCGUUACCUUGAGGUCAUGAGGAAGCUACAGAAAACCUACAGGAUGGAGCCUGCUGGCAGCCAAGGGGUCUGGGGCCUGGAUGACUUCCAGUUUCUACCUUUUUUAUGGGGCAGCGCUCAGCUUGUAGAUCAUUCCACACUGGAGCCCAGGCAUUUUGUGGACGAGAAGGCUGUGAAUGAAAAUCACAAGGAUUAUAUGUUUCUGGAGUGCAUCUUAUUUAUUACUCAGAUGAAGACCGGCCCUUUUGCAGAACACUCCAACCAGCUAUGGAACAUCAGUGCCGUGCCCACAUGGUCUAAAGUCAACCAAGGCCUCAUCCGCAUGUACAAGGCCGAGUGUCUGGAGAAGUUUCCUGUGAUUCAGCACUUUAAAUUUGGCAGCCUGCUCUCCAUUCAGCCUGUCAAGUCCUAAGGAUUCCUGGCCAUGGAGCGGAGAUCCCUCUGUCUCUAGAUACAAGCCUUCCUGGUCGCUCUCUCCUUCCUAGCUAUGCGGCCACUUAUCUUAUCCACGUUGUCAUAUCUGCUGUGGACGUAGGGGCUGAGUACUGGCCCUUUUGCAUUUGAGGAGGGGGAGAGAGCAGGGGACAGAGUUAUUAUUUUGCAGCUAACAGUGUAAGUUGGGUCCCGGCACCGGCCGCCAUGUUGGUACAGGGGCUGGGUUUAUCUUUGGGUUCAGCAGGACUACAAAUGAAAUGCCAUAGGUAAAGCUUUGCUUUAGGAUAUUGUCGGUGUGGUGGGGGGUACAUGUCUCCCCUGCUCUCUUCGCUUCUUGUAAUGUCCAAUGGACGUCAUCUAUAAGGAGACCACCUUGGUACUGUCCAUGAAGUCCUCUUCUUUAAGAUGAAUUUGGCACUGGAGUUCCACCCGCAUAAGGGGUUCACACCAAUAAAAUAUCAAGACCCUGUU